ACACAAAAAAGUGCUACUCAUAACCUACCCGUGUUGUUUUCUUUAAGUGUGAAACAGCCGUGUUAGUUUUAUUUUUUCUUUUUGGUAACUGUACUUACAUUAUUUUUACUAGUACCCACAUCGCUUCACAUUGACAGAGAUAUAAAAAAGUGAGAAAAUGUAUUUUUCUGGUUAUCUAUUCGUUGUGUUAAUUUCCAUAAUGGAGGUAAAACCGAAUGAUGUAUCAAGUAGGUUUAAAAAAGCUGGAUUAGUACCUAAAGUCAUCCCAAAUGCGCCCGAAAUGAAACUUUGUGUGAUAUAUAACCAGAAUAAAGAAGUAAACUUUGGAACCAAGCUUACAUUCCUGGAUACACUUUUACAGCCUAUAGUAUCAUGGGAUGCUGAUCCAGAUUGUAUAUAUACACUCAUUAUGUUUGAUCCAGAUGCAUUAUUUCCUCAGUUUUCUCUACCGGGUCAACUUCUGCACUGGAUGGUGGCGAACAUAAAGUGCAAUGACCUGGACACAGGUGACGUCAUAGCUAUCUAUGAAAGCCCCACCCCUCCGCCACUGAGCUCCCCACAUCGCUACGUACUGCUGGUUUACAAACAGAAAUGUUAUGUUCGAUUGGAUGAUCUGACUACGAUCACGCGUGUUAAUUUCAACAUCACCGAUUUUAGUAGUAAACACGAUCUCGAGGGUCCUGUGUUCGGAAACUUCUUUUUGGAGCAGUUCGAUUUUUCUAUAAACAUACUUUUUUAAUCCUGGUAUUAACAACAAUAAGUGUAUUUAUUUUAAAAUGUCAGUUAAAAUGAUUACAA